UCUGGUUGUGUUGCCGUUUUGGUUUUUGGCCGUUUUCCCCAUUGCCGUUUUGACUUAUUGCCUUUUUGGUUUUUUGCCGUUCUGUCCAGCAACCCCUAGGCCUACAGUACUUAGCCUACUGUUUUAGGCCUAGGGCUUAUAGUGGUACUAACGAACGUCGAGGCCUAGGCCAGUAUACUGGCUAUGCAUGCCCUCUCCAUUCAAAAUGUCAUUUAAGAUACAAAGGAACUACCAGGGCCUAGGCUAGGCCUGGCCUGUCUUAGUCCAUGGUGUGUAACUAGUUUUCUACUGUAGGCCUAGGCACAUUGCCCCAGCUAGCUUAGGCUAGUGUUUACAUUUCUGACUGGUUUAUCGAAACCCAGUUUGCCGAGUUAUUAUGGCCACUUUGCUGAAACCCAAUUUCCCCAUAACAGCCUGGUCAGUGGUGGCACCAGAAAUUUGCUGACAAGGAGUCCGACAUGUCCGACAGAGGGGUCCGAGCCAAGGGGCCGACGGAGCCUUGGUCGACGGCCCUAAAUAAAAAAUCCCAUGACAACAUGCAUGUAUGGUAAUAAUCAUUAUAGAUCUCAGUAAUCACCGUGUUUACAGUUUGCCUUUUUUAAAUGAUUUUAUCUCACCAAUUAACUUCAAAGCUUUAUUGAAAUUUAAAAAUUUGUAGUAAAGUUUUAAAACAUUAAAUAAUGUUUAUUAUCUUUAUAGUGUUUGUCUAAUAUUUUAGUAUAAAAAAUACCAGAAAUUAAGUAAACAUAAAUAUGUUAUAUGUACUCUAUUAAUGAAAUUUAGUAUUUAAUUUUGUUAUUCCAGUAAAGGAAUAACCCGUUCAAUGAAAUAUUCUACUUUAAUUAGAUUGUAUUCACUAAUAUAGAAAUAUACAGGUUUUACUACAAUUCAAUCAAAACAGACAAAAAUAUUCAAAAUAUUUUUCACGUGACAAUUCUGUGAAAAUGCAACAUUUAUUAGCUACAAGCAUUUAUUAACAGUUUAUUGCAUAAAUAAUCUUUUUUAGACGAAAUGAUCACAGGCAUGGAAGAGAAUUACUUUAUGGCCAAAGCCACACCGAUGGCAAAUGCUAUAAAAGAAAAGCUAAGAAAUGAUGCAGGACUUAGCAACGAAGAAACUGUUUUUUUUCGUAGCUACAUUAUUUCACUGAUUUGCAUUCGCAAUGCCUGUCGGUCAGGCGUAAUUACGAAUAUGACGACCCAGGAAUUUGACAACGCCCAGAAAAUACAAAAUAAAUGGUGUGUCACCAUCAGCAACCACAAAACAGCAACCCAAGGGCCUGCGUUAUUAAUCCUGGAAAAGGACUUGAUAGAUAUGAUGACAAUGUACAAAAACGUAGUUCACAACCAGCGUGAACAAGAUAAUACAGCAUUCUUUCUUUGUCAAAAUGGUGGCGAAGUCAGACCAUGCCAGGAUCUCACUCGGUUAUGGCACCAUCUAGGUGUGCGGUUAGGAAAAAGUGUUAACUGUACCCAUUUCCGCAAACAACUUGCCACCAUGUCCUGGCGUCAAAGCAACAUCGAGAAAAAUAGAAGACUUAUUGCAGGGUACAUGCACCAUUCUUUAGAAACACAGAAUAAGUAUUACAAGGCCUCACAAGGCGCUCAUGAUGCUUUGCAAGCAAAGCGAUUAAUGAACAAGAUAAAAGGAAUUGCAACAAAUGAAGAUGAGAUGGAAGAAGAGGGAGAAGAAGAAGGAGCAGAAGAAGAAGAAGAAGAAGAACGAGAUGAAGAGGAAGGAGGAGGAGAACGAGAAGUCAACAAGACAUGUGGUGAAUUCACUACAUUACCGAACUGUCGACGAACGCGAACGAUAUUUAGUGACUUUGAUAUAGGUCUUCUAAAGACGCUUUUUGAAGGGCUACUCAAGGAGAAAAUAACAAAGACAAAGGUCAUGGAAACCUAUAACAGAAAUCCAGCGAUACAGCACUUAUCAUGGAAAUCUGUAUAUGACAAGUUAAGAAACAUCCAGAAGACUUUCUAAAUUGUACACAAAUUGUGUACAAGGUACACAAAUUGAUUUUUUUAAUAAAGCAUUACUUUUUGCUGUUCUGAAACAUCUUAAGGCCAAUUUGAAUAAAAUGACCAUUGUUAUGGUACAAUUGAUUAUCUUCAAUUAUUCAUUAUGCCUAUAUACAUUGUUUUGAUCGACUUCAACAUAUAAUGUCUUUACCACUGUUCCCUGGUCUUUACAUAUAUUUAAUAUGGUUAGUAUGGCUACAUUACAACCUGGGAGAUAUGCCAGGCGCAUCUGACACCGGGCGUACAUUAAUCCAUAGUGUAAAUAGUCAUAGUCUAAAUCGUAAAUAGUCAUGGUAAAUAGCCAUAGUGUAAAUAGUCAUAGUCUAAAUCGUACACAAUUUGUGUACAAGGUACACAAAUUGA